AUGCUUCGGUGGUGCGGCGUUGGUGAUCAGGAGAACGUGGAGUUGAUGCUGCUGCUGUGUGUGCGAAGGCAAGGGAGCAGGGUGCUGCUGGCUUUCUCGGCGAUGAAGAAGCAGAGGUGGUGCGUGGAUGUGAUAGAGAAUAGGAAGAAGUUGGUGCUGAGGAGGGUGUUUUGCAGCGGCAGUGAAGGAGGUAAAGGUGGUGGAGGAGGGAGUUCAGUGGUGGUCGGCGGUGAAGAGGCAGAGAAGAUGGUGAUGAUGGUGGAGAGCAAGGUUGAUGGGACUGAAACUGCAAAAAACCGAAAGCUGGCAAAUCUGCAGCAGCCGGAAUUAAACAGAGAAACAGCAGCAGCCGCUGGCCUAAAAAAAAGAAUGGAGAGGGCAGGGAGUGAUUUUGGAGCCACCGAAAAUCCGAAAGAAUGGAGUGGAGGCUGGAAAUCCAAAAGUUGGAGCCACCGGCCGGGUGUGAUUUUGGGAGUUGGGGCUUUCCGCGGUUCGGCAGGAGAAGAACAGGGGAACCUAGAAAAGCAGGAUGAGACCAACAGCAGGACAGCAGAGAGAAAAGAAUAA